AUGGAAAGCACGAAGGACAUGGUCUUAUUUUUGGCCCUGUCUUUCUAUUUGGUUUUGAUUUCCGUCGUGAUCUGUGCUUCAGUUGUCAUCUGCCAGUGCAUAAGAAAUCGACGGAAAAAAAACCAAAAUGGAACAGUGGGGCAAAAUCUUGAGGAGGUGGUGAUUGUAGAAAGAGAAGUAUGUAGCGAGAAAGAGAAUCCAAAAGGUUCUCCAUUGGAGCAAGACGAAAAACAAGAAUCCUUCUGCAGUAACCACAAACUCCCAAUCGAAAACGAAAACAUUUUUGCAAUGAAUUAUUGCAAAGAAGAAGAAAGCUCACCCAAUUUGGAGCUAAUUUCAAAAAUUGCUUCAUCCAAUGAAAGUUUGCCGAGUCCAGAAUACUCUAAUAUUCCUUAUACAUCGGCAUAUGGAAUGCGAAGAAUUGGGAAAAAAGAUACUAACAUAAGUUCGCCUACAUCAAAAUCAUUGGAGCAAAAAUCUGAUGAAGACUUGAAGCGGCUGGAAGAAAGUAGUAAAGGAGAUAGCAGCCAUUCAAGCAUUUCUGAAGAAAAAGUUGCGAAGGUGUCUAAAGGCGACCAUUAA